AUGGAGAAGAUCUUCGAGGCACUCCAUACCCCAGAUGCCGAGAAGGUCAGCUUGGCAACUUUCAUGCUGAAGGGUGAUGCCGAGUAUUGGUGGCGUAGUGCCAGACAGCUGAUGACGGCCAAUCAUGAGGCCAUCACCUGGGAGUCUUUCAGGAAGGCUUUCAUGGACAAGUACUUCCCGGAGACAGCAAGGGAAGAAAUGGAGAACAAGUUCCUCAGCUUGAGGCAAGGACCUACGUCCGUGGGGGAAUAUGCUGCACGUUUGGAAGCCUUAUCCAAACACUUUCGUUUCUUCCAGAACCAGGUGGAUGAGGUUUAUCUGUGCAACAGGUUUAUGCGCGGAUUGAGGAAUGAGAUUGAGAAGGCUGUUAGGCCUUUGGGAAUCAGGGUCUAUCAACAGCAGGUUGAGAAGGCUCGUGAAGUCGAGGCUAUGGAGAACAGGCAAAGAGGCCAUACAGAGAGCGGAGGAACAGUGCGCCCGGGACAGAAUCAACCGGGAAGAUUCAAUGGACAGAGACCAGUGGGGAAGUUCGAUAAGGGCAAGGCGCCAAUGAGAAAGCCUUACCAGCGCCCAGCUGCCCAAGUGCCAAAUGUUGUGAGGGGAGCAACCCCUGUUACAAAGGAAGAUGUGACCUGCUACAAGUGCAAUGAGAAAGGACACUAUGCUAAUGAAUGUAGCAAGGAGAUUGUAUGCUGGAGAUGCCGAAAACCAGGACAUGUGGAGAGAAAUUGCCCGAGUGCUGCUCAAACUGAGCCAGUGCUGAAUACUGCCAGGGGGAAACGACCAUCUGCUCCAGGUCGUCUCUUUGCUAUUUCUGGCGAACAGGCCGCCGUUACUGAUGACCUUAUCCAGGGUACGUGUCUUAUUGCUGGAACAUCACUAAUUGUUUUAUUUGAUUCGGGUGCUACGCACUCAUUCAUUGCUGAGGAUUGUGUGAAGAGGUUAGGGUUACUGACUGCUGACCUACCCUUCAAUCUGGUGGUGACAACCCCUGCCGCUGAUCGAUUAGUUACACGCACGGCAUGCUUACAAUGUCCGUUGGUUUACGAGGAUUGGAAGUUCUUUGCGAACCUCGUCUGUUUAGGGCUCAAAGAGCUGGAUGUGAUCUUGGGAAUGGAUUGGUUAGCGCAAUAUCACGUGCUCUUAGAUUGUGCUAACAAGGCGGAGUAUGCCGAUGUGUUCCCAGAAGAUGUACCCGGCUUACCACCAGUUAGAGAGACGGAGUUCUCUAUUGACAUUGUGCCUGGUACUGGACCAAUAUCAAUGGCACCUUAUCGUAUGGCCCCAGCGGAGUUGGCAGAAUUGGCAAAGCAGUUGGAUGAUCUAUCCUCAAAGGGAUUCAUUCGACCUAGCGUAUCGCCUUGGGGUGCACCUGUGCUAUUGGUUGGUUACUGUGUGACACUCAAGAAAUCGGGGCGUUACAUUCAGGCACCUACAGAUGUUCCUAUUCAAGCUUCAGAACCAGCUCCACAUCCGGAAAUUGCUCUCCUGGCUGCCAGAAUUGAUAGGAUACAAGAUGAUCAGCAGAGGUUUUUUCAGAUGGUUGAGCAUCAAGGCAUCAUUCAGAGUGAACAAAGUCGGCAGAUUCAGGAAUCUUCAAGUAGAAUGGAGAACAUGAUGAAGUAUCUGAUCGAGAAUCUCCCAUCUUCAUCAAAGCCUUGA